CAGGUCAUUUGAAGAUUGGGUCGCACUUCAGGCCGAUUCAAGCUCCGAUCCGUCAUUCUGACCCAAUGCGGCUACCAAAUCUCUCCCCGGCUCUGCCCUAGCCACCGCCGCCGCCCCGCUGUACCUCACCUCGUCUCUCCCGUCUCCACGAGUGCCUGCAACCUUGGACAUUGGUUUUUUGAGGUUACUUACAAUCAUAAGGCUAUGUCAGAUGAAGAAGGAAGUAUGGCCUCCCGAGAUGUUUUAUUGGUUAUUGAUUCAUUAAAGGAGAAAGUUACAGCAGACCGUUUUACUUCCAUUAAGAAUAGGAUAAAGGAGAACACGGUUAAGCUCAGCACCUUUACGCAGAGCACUUGCAAUUUUUCAAAAAAUUGGCAAAGAAAUACAUCAAAUAGUACUGAUUUAGUCUCAGAUCUGCUGACAACUAGGCAAGAUGAUGCACUUUCUUCUGUGCAUAGUCUUGAUGUAUACCCUAAUGAGAAAGACGGUGACAGUUCUGAAGAAGAAAGUUCUUAUGCCAUGUCAACUGCUAGCGCAAAGAAUGUCGCUCACCCGAUUAAACUACCAGAACUGCCAAGACUUCCGCCCUAUACAACAUGGACAUUUUUGGACAGGAACCAAAGGAUGACGGAAGACCAAUCCGUACUUGGUCGACGAAGGAUUUACUAUGAUGCAAAUUGCGGUGAAGCUUUAAUUGCCAGCGAUAGUGAAGAUGAAGCUGUUGAGGAUGAAGAGGAGAAAAAGGAGUUCAAAGGUUCUGAAGAUUAUCUUAUCCGGAUGACCAUUCAAGAGUGUGGCAUGUCUGACACGGUGCUGGAAACCCUAGCUCAAUGUUUUGAUAGGGCUGCUGGUGAUAUAAAGGCCAGAUAUGAGAUCCUAAAUGGGGAGAAAACUGAGCUUCAUCUUAAAAAUGUGUCUGAACUUAAUGCCAAAGUGGAAGAUGCGUACCGUGAUAAAGAUUUGGAUGCAGCAUUGGAUUCCUAUGACAAUCUCUUCUGUCGGCGAUGUCUAGUUUUUGAUUGCAAACUACAUCUGUGCUCCCAAGAUUUAGUUUUCCCUACAGAAAAGCAACAAGCUUGGAACAUCGGGGAUGAUGGUAUACCAUGUGGUAUUCAUUGUUAUAAACUGGCCGUGAAACCAGAUGCUACUACCACAAUUGAUUCUCACAUGCUUAUUGACGUUGAUGAGCCAACUCACUCAUCAGAUAAUACAAGGAACCAGUUUGGCUCAGAUAAGAACAAACAGGGUUUUAGUGGAAGGAAAGACAAAUCUCAACAAAGUGAAAGCACUUCAACUCCAAGGGUUGCCUCAGAAAGCAGUGAUUCAGAACUACAUCCAGUGAGCAAUAAAUCCCUGCAACACUCUCCUUCUCCCUCAAAAGUAAAAAAUAGCCCAAAAGGUGGAAUCAAGAAAAAUACUAAUAAAAGAAUAGCUGAGCGGAUUCUUAUGAGUGUGAAAAAAGGGCAAAGGGAAAUGGUGUCAUCGGACUCUAAUUCUGGUGGAUUCCUUUGGCCAAGAGACAUGAAGCUUAGAUCUGAUACACGAAUUGGACACAAGGAUUCAGUUGCAACCUCACAAUAUAAUUCUCCAAACACACGAAAUUCUCAGAAGAGGGAUGCGUCUGGAAUUGAGAAGAACUCAGAUUUAGUGGAAGCUCAUAAUAAUUCGACAGAGGAAGCAAAUAACAAACAUUCAGCAACCUAUGAUCAUGAUAGUUCUAGGAAAGAUUUUGUUGAUGAGCAAGAACAUAACGCUAGAUCCUGGAAAGUAAUUGAGCAAGGGCUUCUAGUGAAAGGUCUGGAGAUUUUUGGAAGGAACAGUUGUUUAAUUGCUCGGAACCUUCUUAGUGGAAUGAAAACAUGCAGAGAUGUUUUUCAGUAUAUGAAUUAUAUUGAAAACUGCAGCGCAUCUGGUGCUCUUAGUGGUGUUGAUUCUCUUGUUAAAGGAUAUAUGAAGGGAAAUGAGUUGCACGUGAGAUCACGGUUUUUUAGAAGGCGUGGAAGAGUUCGUCGUUUGAAGUACACCUGGAAAUCUGCAGGCUACCCUUUUAUAAGGAAAAGGAUUACUGAAAAAAAGGAUCAACCUUGUCGGCAAUAUAAUCCCUGUGGUUGUCAAUCAGCAUGUGGGAAACAGUGCCCAUGUCUCACAAAUGGAACAUGCUGUGAGAAAUACUGUGGGUGUCCGAAGAUGUGCAAGAAUCGUUUUCGAGGUUGUCAUUGUGCAAAGAGCCAGUGUCGCAGUCGCCAAUGUCCAUGCUUUGCUGCUGACAGGGAAUGUGAUCCUGAUGUGUGCAGAAACUGCUGGGUAGGGUGUGGUGAUGGUUCAUUGGGAGUUCCCAACCAAAGAGGUGAUAACUAUGAAUGCCGGAACAUGAAACUGCUUCUUAAACAGCAACAAAGGGUCUUACUUGGGAGAUCUGAUAUUUCUGGUUGGGGAGCGUUUCUCAAGAAUAGUGUUGGCAAACAUGAAUAUCUUGGUGAGUACACUGGGGAGCUUAUCUCCCAUAAGGAAGCGGACAAGCGUGGAAAAAUAUAUGACAUUGAGAACUCAUCGUUCCUUUUCAACUUGAAUAAUGAGUAUGUUCUUGAUGCUUUCAGAAUGGGUGACAAGUUGAAGUUUGCCAACCAUUCCCCCAAUCCAAAUUGCUAUGCCAAGGUUAUCAUGGUAGCAGGUGAUCAUAGGGUUGGCAUUUUCGCGAAAGAACGGAUUGGUGCAGGCGAGGAGCUUUUCUAUGAUUACCGUUAUGAGGCUGACCGAGCUCCGGCGUGGGCGCGGAAGCCUGAUGCUCCUGGAGCCAAAGACAUGGCACAACCUUCCAGCGGGCGAGCAAAGAAGGUUGCCCACUGAAGAAGCUUUAUUAAUUGAUUCUCUUUUGUUUAAGGGCCAAAAUUUAACAUUCAAUAGGACCUUUGAUUUUAACUUGGAAUUUCGUUGGCCCCUCAUCGUGGUAUCAGAAUCAGACCACCUUUGUAUCAGAACCCGUUGCGGAUGGAACUAGAUUUUCUUCAUCAAUGUGGUUGCUCAAUGCCUGCACCGCUCGACUUGCUUAUACUGAUGCGAUUUGCGUGUCUCAAAAUUGUUGUAGUUUUAUACUCGUAUUACUGCAAGGGCUGGUCACAGCCUCUUGUUUUUCAGGUGCAA